AUGGCAACAGCUAAAUUAAAAAAGGAAAAUUCUGAAUUGAGAGAAGAAAUAGCUCUAUUAAACGUGAAACUAAGUCAAGUUACUAAAGAUUUUGACAAGAAAAUCGACAAAUAUGUCGAACAAGAAAGCGGCUAUCUUGCUGAACAAACCAAAUCUUUGAAUGAAUCCGAAAAGAAAUCUAUACAGUUUAUUAGUGAUCAAUAUGAUGUCUUCGCUAAAUUUAAAGAAAACUCUAUGAAGGAUCUGAAGCUAAUCAAAUCACAGAUUGAUGUAAUAUCGAAAAAGUGUGAGAAUAUUGCAAGUGCAAUCGAGCAAGCCGAAGAGUAUAGCUACAGUACAAUCUUAAGAUUACUGGUGUCCCACAACAACGUGAAGCAGAAUCUGCAGAAGAAACUACGGCAUUGUGUAUAAAGUUACUUCACGCUAUUGGGGCGACAGAUAUCUCUGAAUAUGACAUAGAUAUAGCUCAUCGUGUGCCCGCUAGACAACGUACUCACAUGCCUAACGCGAUUAUCUGUAAAUUUACACGUCGCAUAGCCCGACAUCGAGUGCUUGCUGUAAAGAAACGGACCGAAGGUCUGAAACCUGCACAACUUGAAUUACCUUCCACAAUUCAAAUGGGUGAUAUUAGAAUAUACGAACACCUAACUCCAAGAUUACAAGAAUUGUUAUACGAAGCAAAUAAGUUUAAACGAGCCCAGCAGUAUAAAUUUUGCUGGGUUAAGAACAAAGCAAUUUGUCUUCGUAAGUCUGAUGGCGCUCCGGUCAUUAGGCUCCUCAAGUUGGAUGAUUUGGAAUCAGCCACUUAA